AUGACUCACUUCUGCUCGUUGACUGCACGGGGUUACAAUGGCCUCACCUUCAUCGCCUUAAGAAAAGACAAACUCGUCAGUUCUUCACAACAACUCAGGUCGAGGUACUCUAAGCUGCAGCAGCAGCAGCAGCAGCAGCAGCAGCAGCAACAGCAGCAGCAGAAGCAGCAGCAGCAGCAGCAGCAACAGCAGCAGCAGCAGCAGCAGCAGCAGAAGCAGCAGCAGCAGCAGCAGCAACAGCAGCAGCAGCAGCAGAACAAGCAGCAACAGCAAGAGGAUGAGCAAGCGCAGGAAAAAAAACGGCAACAGGAGAAGCAGCAGCAACAACAACACAAGCAGCAGCAACAGCAGCAGCAGCAGCAGCAGCAGCAGCAGCAGCAAGCCAAUUUCGUCAUUAAUUCUAUCUCCUCUCUACAAGCAGCAACAGCAAGAGGAUGA